UGGGCGUUGGACUCCGCAUCUUAUUAGCAACAAGGGAAAUUUCUCCAUUUUGCAGCCCGUCUACAGCGACGCGGAUUUUAUUCGUCCUCUCCCGCUGCCAGCUUUUUGCUGCUAUUUCUAAAAAUCCCGCUCACUCUUCACUGGACUUUGCUCUACGUUUUCCCUGUGAACUUUUUCUUCGUGCACAGAGCGGGAGACAGCAUCGAAGAGCCUGAGUUUCAACAAAGAGGCUUGUGGGGUCUUUGUUCGUUUUUUUGGAUCGGUUGAGUUUCUUUGUUGGAGCGAAAAGCAUGGGAGCGCAAUUGUCCAAGACAGCUGGAAAGCUGGAAGUCUCGGCUGAAAAACCCGGAGAGGCUGCUGCUUCACCCACCAAGACCAACGGACAGGAGAACGGCCAUGUUAAGGCCAACGGAGAUGCUUCUGCAGCAGCUGAGAAUGGCAAAGAGGAGGUGCAGGCCAACGGCAGUGCCACUGCCGAGGAGACCCCCAAGGAGGAGGGAGAGAAGGCCGAGGCCGCUCCCGCUGAGAAGGAGGCUGCUGAUGGAGACAAGGUAGAGGCAGCUGCUCCAGCUGAGGGCGAGGCAAAGGCCGAGGAUGGUGCCACGCCUUCAACUAGUAACGAAACCCCUAAGAAGAAGAAGAAGAGGUUCUCCUUCAAGAAGUCCUUCAAGCUGAGCGGCUUUUCUUUCAAGAAGACCAAAAAGGAGACCGGAGAGGGCGCAGAGGGCGAGGAGGCCAAGGGCGAGGCCACGGAGGAGGCCAAGGCCGAGGGAGCUGCUACUGAGGAGGCCAAGCCCGCCGAGGGGGAGGCCGCACCUGCCGCCGAGCAGGCCAAAGAUGCGGCGGAGGCCAAGCCGGAGGCUGCGGCGGAGAAACCCGCUGAGGAGGCCGCGCCCGCCGCCGCCGAGCCGAAGGCAGAAGAGCCAAAGGCGGCGGAGAAGCCGGCCGAGGAGGCGCCCAAAACAGAGGAGGCAGCCCCCGCCUCACAGGAAGCAGCGUCAGCAGAGGCUCCCGCUGCCGAGGCUGCCGAAUAAGUCCGAAAAGAAGAGAAAUUUGAGAAAAAAAGGAGAAAAAAAAGAUAAUCAAAGAACAUUUCCCUGUUUGUAUGUUGGAGUGAUGCCCGGUCGUGGCUUUGAAGAACUUGUCUACAACCAGGGAUAUUUUAAAGCUUUUCUUUAUUUUUUAUUUUACAUUCCCCCCUUACACAAAACCCAUCUCGGUCCAUUGUUACUUCCAUUCCAACGGGCUGGGGAGGUGGGUGGCUUCAACAUGUACAACAGAUUAAUACAUCCACACUCUGCCAUAUAUUUUUUCAUCAGUAUUAAGUUUUUUCUUUUGAAUUUUAUACAAAAUGUAAACAAAAUAGUAUGGACAUGCCCAUGGUAUGAAGGAGGAGGGGUUGAGCUGUAAAUGAGGGGAGGGGGGUCUGGGAAAUGUGCCACAGACUAUUAUGAAAGAGUAGUCUAAAAAACUAAGAGACCAACAUCUAUAUUCUCCAUACAACACUAAGUCCUUUUUACAAGAAGACAACAGUCCCAGAGUUAGCUUUUUAGGAAACAUAUAAACUCAUAGGAGCUUCUCACUUCUCAUUAGCUGUACCAGUCAGUGAUUCAGUAGAAAAACAAGUUGUAUAGGCUUUAUUGUUUAUUGUUGGUUACGACCUUAAUAAAAAUGUAAGUAUGUAUAGGCGGGGUGUUUUUAACUGUGAUUAUUGUACAAAAUGAAAAAUCUUGAUCUCAAGAAGCACAUGAAGUUUGCAGCUCUUUUUCCACCCGCUCAUUUUUGUAAGAUAACAACACACACAAAACAAAAGUAGUCCUGGAAGACCUUCUUAAGCAAUUUUGAAACCAAGCUGUGAUAAGUGGAAUGGUUUAACUGUUUAUAUACUGUGGUAUGUUUUUUGAUUACAGCAGGCAAUGCUUUUUCAGUGGUCUUUGCCAAAUUUAAGGAAUCUAUCAGAUGCAAAUGUUUGUGUAGCAUCUUGUCUCUCUAUCUCUCUCUCUUUUCCUUUUCCUUUUGUAAAUACUGGAGAAGCUUUGACCAGUUUGACUUAGAGAUGGAAUGUAACUUUGCGUACAAAAAAAAAAUUGCUAUUAAACUCCUCUGCUUAAAGGUGUUCUAAUUUUCUGUGAGCACACUAAAAGCAAAAAUAAAUGUGAAUAAAAUUUGA